AAUCAACUUACGUUACGUUUAUUCAGUUUAGUGCGUUUAACGGUAAAAUUUUGUUGCAACCACUUUGCGAGUUGAAAAAGUGGUGAGUUUUUAAAUCUGUUGAAUAAGUGCCAGUCACUUGAUUCAAUGGCUACAAAGAGAGCAUCUUCAGAUCACGAGGAGUUGGUCGAGGCUGAUGGGCAAGCUGUUAAGAAAUCAAGAUUUAUGAAUGAAUCCCCAGUUGAAAUUCGUCUGCUCAUUCCCAGCAAUGAUGCAGGCGCAAUUAUAGGCAAAGGAGGUGAGCACAUCAAAUCAUUAAGAAGCAAGUACAAUGCUACUGUUUUAGUUCCCGACUGCCCUGGACCUGAACGCGUGUUUACCAUUGUCUGUUGUCUUUGCAAUGCCUGUUCCUUGCUUCUCGAGACUCUCAAAUAUGCUCCUCAGUCUGGCAAGGGAGUUGAAGUGAAGUUGUUGAUUCAUCAGAGUCAGUGUGGAGCAAUUAUUGGAAAGUCCGGAUGCAACAUCAAAGAGAUUAGGCAGAAAUACUCAGUGCACAUCAAAGUGUAUGACCAAUGUGCUCCUGACUCAACUGAUAGAGUUGUUGAAAUCAAGGGUGACCCGGAAGUUGUGACUAACACUGUCUACCACAUCAUGGACAUGCUCGCCAGCUGCCCUCCAAUUGGUGAAAACAUUGCCUACAACCCAAUAAAUUUUAACGAGGGCAUGAUUGAUGUGUACGGUGGCUACGCUGGAACAUACAGCUUCCAAAAAGGGUUUGCCCAGAACAAGAACCUGCCGGCCAGGCGAUUCCCUUCUGUUAUGAACAAAAAUUUGCCAGCUAGGAGAUUUCCUCCAGCUAACCAUAACAACGGCUUCAGAGGGAGUAAUACGAUCAACAAUAAUAGAGGAAGUCAUAAUUUUCCUCCUUUUCGACCCCCUCCUCCCAAGCCUUUGAUGAACUUUAAUCAGAUCAUCCCCAGUAGACAAAAUUUUAUGCAAGGUUACCAUUCAUUUGAAGAUGGGCAGAGUUUAUCAAACGACAACUUCUUCAAUGAUGAGGAGGAGGUGGAAGAAGAAGAGUGUGAUUACGGGGAAGGUUGUGAGGACUAUUUUUACCAAGAAGACCAGGAGGAGGAAUAUGUAGAGGGUGAACAGGAAGAACAGGAGCAGGAGUUUGGGGAAGAAGUUGGGUACCAUGCAGGUAGCAGUAACAACGUCAUCACCCGCCAAGUCACUAUUUCUAACGAUUUGGCAGGUUCCAUCAUAGGCAAGUCAGGUUCCAGGAUCAGGCUUAUCAGGGAGGAAUCGAAAGCCCUCAUAAACAUCGAUGAUUCCGUACCCGGAUCCAACCAGAGAAUCGUAACCGUUGUUGGCACUAUGAGACAAAUACAACAUGCUCUCAGCCUCAUGCAAAAUUGCAUUAGAAAGUAUUCAGGAAGGUCCCGUCUCGACUCAAGCUCGAUGUUAAUUAAUUAAUUAAUUGAUUGUUUUCGUUAAUUAAAAGUUAUUGUUGAUGAUUUUUACCUAAAGAUCAACAUGAUUACAUUCAUUAUUUAUUUAUUUAUUUUCAGCAGAAGGGUUAAGUCUAAUUUCGUUCCCAAUUAAUUGAUUACAAAUUAAUAAUUAACAAAGAAUGCAUUUAAUAAACAAUAGCACAUUAGACAAUCUUAUCAAGGUUAUCAGAUUUAUAUCUGUUAUUAUUCUAGCGUGUACAUCUCACAGUCACAAUGCUGUUUCCAUGUUCGUGAUAUUUACUCUACUCCACAAGGGAAAAUAAAUUUACUUUGAAAGACAU